UCUUUCAACCUUCACUCCAGUUCAGUCUCAUACAUUGGUCAGACACCAGCUGCAUUGCCCUUCCGGCCAGAGGGUGGCGCCACACCAGCUCAUCAUCCAGCAGAGCUCUACCGCUCAAAGACAGGUCCAGCCCAUUGCGCUGCGUGUCAUGCCGCAGGACAGCUCUCCUCCACCCCUUGCCCUGCAGUCCCGUACCACUCCCACUACAGCCACCGUCCAAUCACAGCACACUGAGUUCCUCUCAGUGCCCAAUCAUCCCAGCAAUCAGUCAGUAGUGGUGUCUACAUCCACAGCUCCCCCUGCAGUGCUCCCUGACCCUCCGACGCUUCAUCUGGGCCCAGUGCUAGAGCCGGUCUCCCAGUAUUCACCUCUGUCCAGCCCCCCUCCUCUCACCAUGGCUCUGCCCAGGCUGGUCCAGCCACAGAGACUGUCUCUCCGCUCAGUCCAGACCGUAGCUGUCCAGUCUGACCACAUGCUGGUGUCUGAAGAGGAGCUCCCAGUCACUGAAGCAGUAGUUCAGUUGCCUUUUCAGAAUCUGCCGCCACCACAGACAGUGGCAGUGGACCUAAAGGUGCAACCUGCCACACAAACAGAAGCUCCCUCGGCAACACCGCUGUUGAAGGAGAGUGGAAGCAUGGAUUUGGUGAAGGAUGUAGAACAUGCAUGUCCUCAGAACAGAACCCCCACCCCGCCACCACUGUCCCCACCAGACGACUCCACGGGCCUCAUCUACAUCGAUCCUUCAAACCUGCGACGGAGCAGCGCCAUCAGCACGAGCGCAGCAGCCGCCGCAGCAGCCCUGGAGGCCAGUAACUCCAGCAGCUACCUGACAUCCGCCAGCAGCCUGGCUCGAGCCUACAGCAUCGUCAUCCGGCAGAUCUCCGACCUCAUGAGCCUCAUACCCAAAUACAACCACCUGGUCUACUCGCAGUACCCCGCUGCAGUCAAACUCACCUAUCAGGACGCGGUUAAUCUGCAGAACUUUGUGGAGGAAAAGUUGAUCCCCACCUGGAACUGGAUGGUGUCCAUCAUGGAUUCCACUGAAGCGCAGCUGCGAUACGGCUCCGCUCUGUCAUCAGCCGGGGAUCCUGGUCACCCCAGUCACCCGCUGCACGCUUCACAGCACGCAGGCCGCAGGGAGCGCAUGACUGCUCGAGAGGAAGCCAGUCUCCGCACCCUUGAAGGUCGAAGGUAAGACCUUUGGGCAGUUA